UUUUGGCGCGAAAUGAUAGCCACUCCGCCCCCUCUGUCUCAUUUGAGGAGGCAAGGCCCCGCCUCCGCCCCGCCUCACGGCAAGGUCGCAGCGUGCUCGCUCCCGCAGACUCCCGGGAACGGCGGCGGGCUCGCGCUACCCGCUGGGCCCUGUAGGCUGGCCACCACUGCCCGUCCUGCAAUGUCUCGGCGGAAACCUGUAUCGGGCAGUCUUUCUGCAGCCGGGCCAGCCCAUGGGAGACAAGCAGUUUUGAGCCGAUUCUUUCACUCCACGGGAAGCCUCAAAUCCACUUCGUCUCCCACCGAAGCCGCCGCGAAGGCAAACCACGGCUCCGCAGCGCCCUCAGCGUCCACCGCCCAGCCUCAUUUGCCGCCGCUGGCUACAGAAGUUAACAAAGGAAAAAAAAGAUCAUUGGAGAAAGAUGGGCCUGUUAAAAAGAAAGCAAAGAAAGUCCAAGAAAAGGAAGGAAGAAGUGACUUGGUAAUGCCUGGUAACCCUGAGCCAAAUAAAUGUCUGAGGACCAGGACUAUCUCAAAGUCUCUGGAAAAACUGAAAGAAUUCUGCUGCGAUUCUGCCGUUCCUCAAAAUAGAGUCCAGAUAGCACCUCUUCAAGAGAGGUUUGCAGUUCUACCAAAAUGUACUGAUUUUGAGGAUAUCAGUUUUCAACGUGCAAAGAAUGCAGUUUAUUCUGAAGAUUCUAAAUCCCAAGUGAACCAAAAGGACAGUCAGUUUGGCCUAUCACAUAGGACUCAUGAAAACUUACAGAAAACUUCUGAUAAGCCAUCUAAUAGACGAUCGAAAAGCAUCUACACACCAUUAGAGUUGCAAUAUAUAGAGAUGAAGCAGCAGCAUAAAGAUGCAAUUUUGUGUGUGGAAUGUGGAUAUAAGUAUAGAUUCUUUGGGGAAGAUGCAGAGAUUGCUGCCCAGGAACUGAAUAUUUAUUGCCAUUUAGAUCACAACUUUAUGACAGCAAGUAUACCAACUCACAGACUAUUUGUUCAUGUACGCCGUCUCGUGGCUAAAGGAUAUAAGGUGGGAGUUGUAAAGCAAACUGAAACUGCAGCAUUAAAGGCUAUUGGAGACAACAAAAGUUCUCUCUUUUCCCGGAAACUGACUGCUCUUUAUACAAAAUCCACACUCAUUGGAGAAGAUGUGAAUCCUCUGAUCAAGCUGGAUGAUGCUGUAAAUGUUGAUGAGAUACUGACUGAUACUUCUACCAGCUACCUUCUAUGUAUCUAUGAAAAUAAGGAAAACAUUAAGGACAAAAAAAUGGGGAACAUUUUCAUUGGCAUUGUGGGAGUGCAGCCUGCCACAGGUGAAGUUGUGUUCGAUAGUUUCCAGGACUCUCCUUCCCGUUCCGAACUGGAGACUCGGAUAUCAAGCCUGCAGCCGGUGGAGCUGCUACUUCCAUCAGACUUGUCAGAGCAAACAGAGAUGCUCAUUCACAGGGUCACUGCUAUUAGCAUGCGGGAUGACAGAAUUCGAGUAGAAAGAAUGGAUAAAGUUUAUUUUGAAUACAGCCAUGCUUUCCAGGCGGUUACGGAAUUUUAUUCAAAAGUUGUAAAUGACAUCAAAGAUUCUCAAAGUUUUUCUGGCAUCAUUAACUUGGAUAAGCCUGUGAUUUGCUCUUUGGCUGCCAUCAUAAGAUAUCUCAAAGAAUUUAACUUGGAAAAAAUGCUCUCUACACCUGAGAAUUUCAAACAGCUGUCAAGGGAAAUGGAAUUUAUGACAAUUAAUGGAACAACAUUAAGGAAUCUGGAAAUCCUACAGAACCAGACUGAUAUGAAGACCAAAGGAAGUUUACUUUGGGUUUUAGACCAUACGAAAACUUCAUUUGGGAGACGGAAUUUAAAGAAGUGGGUGACCCAGCCACUUCUUAAAUUAAGGGAAAUAAAUGCCCGACUUGAUGCUGUAUCUGAAGUUCUCCAUUCAGAAUCUAGUGUGUUUGGUCAAAUAGAAAACCAUUUAUAUAAAUUGCCCGACAUAGAAAGAGGACUGUGCAGCAUUUAUCACAAAAAAUGUUCUACACAAGAGUUCUUCUUGAUUGUCAAGACCCUGUAUCAUCUACAGUCAGAGUUUCAAGCAUUAAUGCCUGCUGUUAAUUCUCAUGUUCAGUCAAACCUGCUCCAGACAGUUAUUUUAGAAGUUCCUGAACUCCUCAGUCCAGUGGAGCAUUACUUAAAAAUACUUAAUGAACAAGCUGCCAAAAUUGGGAAUAAAACUGAAUUAUUCAAAGACCUUUCUAACUUCCCUUUAAUAAAACAGAGGAAGGAUGAAAUUCAAGAAGUUACUGACAAGAUCCAAAUACAUUUGCAAGAAAUACGAAAAAUAUUAAAAAAUCCUUCUGCACAGUAUGUGACAGUAUCAGGACAGGAGUUUAUGAUUGAAAUAAAGAAUUCUGCAAUAUCUUGUAUACCAGCUGAUUGGGUUAAGGUUGGAAGCACAAAGGCUGUGAGCCGCUUUCACUCUCCUUUUGUUAUAGAAAAUUACAGACAUCUGAAUCAGCUCCGGGAGCAGCUAGUCCUUGACUGCAACACUGAAUGGCUUGAUUUUCUAGAGAAUUUCAGUAAACAUUAUCACGCUUUGUGUAAAGCAGUGCAUCACCUAGCAACCAUUGACUGUAUUUUCUCCCUGGCCAAGGUCGCAAAGCAAGGAAAUUACUGCCGGCCAACUUUACAAGAAGAAAAGAGAAUCAUGAUAAAAAAUGGAAGGCAUCCUGUGAUUGACGUGUUGCUGGGAGAACAGGAUCAGUAUGUUCCCAAUAGUACAAAUUUAUCAGAGGACUCAGAAAGAGUAAUGAUAAUCACUGGACCAAAUAUGGGUGGAAAGAGCUCCUACAUAAAACAAGUCGCAUUGAUUACUAUCAUGGCUCAGAUUGGCUCCUAUGUUCCUGCAGAGGAGGCAACAAUUGGGAUUGUGGAUGGCAUUUUUACAAGGAUGGGUGCUGCAGACAAUAUAUAUAAAGGACGGAGUACAUUUAUGGAAGAACUGACAGACACAGCAGAAAUAAUCAGAAAAGCAACAUCACAGUCUUUGGUUAUCUUGGAUGAAUUGGGAAGAGGGACGAGCACCCAUGAUGGAAUUGCCAUCGCUUAUGCCACCCUUGAGUAUUUUAUUAGAGAUGUGAAAUCCUUAACCCUGUUUGUCACCCAUUAUCCACCAGUUUGUGAACUAGAAAAAAGUUAUGCACAACAGGUGGGGAAUUACCACAUGGGAUUCUUGGUCAGUGAGGACGAAAGCCAACAGGAUCCAGGUGAAGAAGAACAAGUGCCUGAUUUUGUCACUUUUCUUUAUCAAAUAACCAGAGGAAUUGCAGCAAGGAGUUAUGGACUGAAUGUGGCUAAACUAGCAGAUGUUCCUGGAGAAAUUUUAAAGAAAGCAGCUUAUAAGUCAAAAGAACUUGAAGAAUUAGUAAAUGUGAAAAGGAAAACACUAAAGUAUUUUGCAAAAUUAUGGAUGACCCAUAAUGCAAAAGACCUUCAACAGUGGACAGAAGAGUUUGAAAUGGAAGAAAUACAGACUUCCUGAUUGAAAUGAAGACUACUUUUUGAACAAAAAAAGGAGAAUUAAAAAUACAAACUGUACAAAAUAACUUUCCAGUAACAGCCCGUCUUUGUGUGACAUGUGAGCAUAGAAUCAUGACCAUGGCAUAUUCCUUGGGAAGCAGACUUCUUCCUCUUGUGAAGAAAGUGUUUUUCAGGUUUCUGACCUACUGCAUCUUUAAAGGAUAAACACUUUUGAAUAUUAAGGCUUCCGUAUGAAAAUUAGAAAAUUCACUGAAGUUUCACAUAAAGUCAAAAUCUUCCAAAUAAAGUCUACAGUGGUAGAACUGAAUACAUGAACAUUUGGAGAGUGAUACAAAAUUUUAAUUCAUAUUUCUACUUGUUUCAUUUCAGAUAAUUGGCAACAGGGUAAAUCUGGCAGAAAUCUACCUUUCUUUUUGAACUAAAAUAAUUUUAUAAUGCCACCAGUUUAUUCACCAUGAACAUAAGCAGUUUUGAUAAGAAAUAGAACUUCUAAGCUUUUAGAAACUAGUGCACAGAGUACAGAAAGAAUAAGAACAUAUGAGAUGUAAAGAGUUAAACAUUGUAGUUAGUCUUAAGAUUGUUGGAUGAAAUUAUUUUGUCAUUCAUUCAAGUAAUAAAUGUUUAAUGAGUACUUGCUGUAGAUUAUGGUAUAUCCUGUUGAAUACAGACAUUGUUCAGUUGUCAUUUUUUAGAUUUAACUGUGAAACCACGGUUGCUGCUCAUAACAAAGCAAUAUUUAGAACAGAA